GACAGCGCCCCCUGUUGACACUACAGCCCCCGUACAGCCGUCAGACACAAGGAGACGUGUCCCACAGUCGUAGCAGGGCAGCGGUUCGCUUUACUCGGGCAGAUGGAGGCAGACAACACCGGGGGAAACAUGGGAGAGGCAGCAGACGUGGAGAUGGAAACGGCAGCAAACCCGUUUGAACCGUACAUGGAGUCUCUCCGCCAGCAGCUGGAGGAGCAGGACCCGGUGUUUCUCAUCGCACUGAUCGUCGCCCUGGCGGUUGUUGUCAUCACCUGUGUGUUUCUGAAGUACUUCCUGAGCAGUAAGACUGUCCGCAGCGCCGUGCUGCUGGUCGGACUGUGCGACUCCGGGAAGACGCUGCUCUUCAGCCGGCUGCUGUCAGGGAAGUUCAAGCGGACACAGACCUCCAUCACUGACAGCAGUGCUCCGUACAAAGCUAAAAAUGACAAAGCCAGCACCUGGACUCUCAUAGACCUGCCGGGACAUGACAGUCUUCGCCCUCAGUACCUGGAGAAGUUCAAGUCUGCAGCCAGAGCAAUCGUGUUUGUAGUGGACAGCGCCAUCUUCCAGAAGGAGGUGAGGGAUGUGGCAGAGUUCCUGUACGUCCUAUUGACAGAUGCUGUGAUCUCCAGAAAUGUUCCAGCCAUCCUGGUGGCAUGCAACAAACAAGAUAUCACCAUGGCAAAAUCAGCUAAACUGAUUCAGCAGCAACUGGAAAAGGAAUUGAACACCUUGCGGGUGACUCGCUCCGCAGCUCUCAGCUCUCAGGAUGGCUCUGUUGGUGGCAGCAUGUAUCUGGGAAAGAAAGGCAAGGACUUUGAGUUCAGCCAGUUGCCCAUGAAGGUGGAGUUCCUGGAGUGCAGCGCCCGCAGUAGCAAGGGUGAAGAGGGGGAGGCAGACAUCCAGACCUUGGAGAAAAGCCUGGCUAAGCUGUAAAACAAGAAACUCAACAUCCUCAGAGGCACAGACCUAAGAUCAGAUCACAACCGUGUCCACUGUCACCUCGAUAAUCAAAAGGAUGGACUCAUCCAUCUCAGUGGAGGUCUGACAGGAGUCAGACACGGUCCUAUCUUUACAUGACAUUAAAGUUAGAAGAACAUUUGAGACAUAUUCAGUGAGAAAACACCAAAAAAGACUGAAAGCUCUGAGCUGUCAGUUUGCUCUGCAGUGCUGAGAAAUGACCGUGUGCUUCUUCAAUACAAAUCUUACUGUGAACAACUAUUAUAACGCUUUAUUUGAAUUAGCUUAAAAGGAUUUUCAGAAAAUACAUUUGUGGUUUGCAAUUUCAAGAAAGUAUCAUAGUUUAUUUUGCAUUUUCUGUCUUUGCUCAUCUGACCUGUGGAAACAGGUAUGAAUUGCAUUUAUUCAUAAAUUUGAACGGUCAGAGUUGUGCCUUUUUUUCUAGUGUUCUUAAAGAAAAGUGUUUUGCUUGUUUGCAGAAGAAUGAUGGUUUACUUGAGUGGAAGAAUUUGCAUUUGCAAUGAAUGUAUGAAUCUGUCGAGUCAUAAAAGAAUGACGUUUCUGGAGUAGCUGAGCAUGUUUUAAAAAAACACACAAUAUAUAUUUGAUGCUUGAUAUUGUUCAGAGGGUAACAGAAGAAAAGUUCCAGUGUAAGUGAAGACAAAUCCAUGUUGCUGUUGUUAUGCAGUAAAAAUACAGUCACACAGACUUGUUUAACCGUGUAACAGUAAACAGAUUCAGCCUGUAAAGAUUCUUAGGCACAAAAUAGAAUUUACUCAUGUACAGAAAAAGAUUUCAUUGCUCUAUCUAUAGCAUAAUUACAUGAGGGGUUUGUGGGGUGUCAGUUCACAAGAUGCUACUUCACAUUCAUUUAAAAAACUGCACCACUGUUCCUCAGAGCAAUUAAAAAUGUGUUGCUGU